AUGUUUUUUAACGGCCCUAACAAUGAACCUGUACUUUGCAGAGCUUUCCCGACUUACCUUGACGGAGCCGCUUUACUUUGGUUUUCGAAAUUACCUGCAGGUUCGAUUUCUUCUUUCGAAGAAUUGGCAAAGUCUUUCAUCGACUAUUUUGCUGCAGCACGAAUAUACGUCCACGGAUCGGAUUACCUUGGCACAAUUCGCCAAGGUCCUCAGGAGAGUUUGAAGGACUAUCUGACCAGAUUUGCAGAGGCGACAAUGGAGAUACCCGACCUAGAUCCUGCUGUCCACCUACAUGCACUUAAGGCCGGCCUCCGACUUGGAAAGUUUAAAGAGACAAUCGCGAUCACCAAACCGAGGACAUUGGAGGAGUUCAGGGAGAGGACGGCCGGACAAAUGGAAAUCAAAGAACUGCGUGAGGCCAAUAAAACGGAAAGAAGACCCAGGAGAGAAGAGGACCGAAUAUCAAGGUCAACUCACAACAAAGAUCUAGGCAAACCAUUCAAACCUACUCCGAAAUUCGACAAUUACACCAGAUUCAACACGAGAAGGGAAAAGAUAAUCAAAGAAAUACUCAAUGCCAAAAUCAUAAAACCUCCAGCAAGAGCAGGUAGCUAUCAAGACCAGAGCCUACUAGACAAGUACAUUGAAGGAAGGAAACAUAAAGAAGGUGAUAGAGACAAGGAGGAACGACAACCGACCUCAGUCAACAAAGAAACCAACAAAUGGUCAAAUAGUAACCAACCCAAAGCAAUUAUAAACUGCAUAUCUGGAGGAUUCGCCGGAGGCGGCGAAACAACGUCGGCAAGGAAACGUAGUUACCGAGCUAUGCUGGCCAUCAAAGGAACAGCACCACUAAACAAUCAGGAUACGCCAGAUCUAGAAAUCACUUUCAACAAAACAGACAUAUGCUCGACCGCCCCACACCUAGACGAUCCAGUGGUAAUCUCCAUCCAGACAGGCGAUCUAUUGGUAAGAAAGGUCCUUUUAGACCCAGGUAGCAGUGCAGACGUUCUCUUUUAUUCUACCUUUUUAAAAAUGAACUUAUCUGAAAAACUAAUACAACCCUCAUCCGGAGAACUAGUGGGGUUCUCCGGAGAAAGGGUACCGAUAAAAGGGUAUAUAUGGCUAAAAACGACAAUAGGUGAAAAUCCAUUAUCCAGAACCCUUGAUAUACAAUACCUGAUAGUUGACUGCAUUAGUCCCUACAAUAUUAUUCUCGGGAGACCUGCUCUGAACAUGUUCAGAGCAGUGAUAUCAACUUUUCAUCUAUGUGUUAAGUUUCAGGCACAGGACGGCAGAAUAGCAACAAUCAACUCAGACCGACAACAAGCUCGGCAAUGCUACAACUCUAGCCUAAAAAGGUCGGACACGAGACAGAAACAACACGAGGUAAAAGCAGUACAAACUAGGGAGGAAGUCCUAUCCCUAACCGAGCUUGACCCCCGGGGAGACACACAAGAAAGACCUCAACCGACAGACGAGCUUCAGAAAAUCCAACUGACAUCAAAACCAGAACAGGUAACAUACAUCGGUCAAGCGCUACAAGAACAAGAAAGGUCGGAUCUCAUAAAGUUACUACGAGCCAACUCUGACCUGUUCGCCUGGACCCCAGCGGACAUGCCAGGAAUAAGUCUAGACGUCAUUUGUCACAAACUCGCCACCAACCCAGCAAGCCGACCUAUAGCUCAGAAGAAAAGGAACCUAGGAGCAGAGAAAUAA